GUUGCAUUCACAAUUAUCAUAAUUAAGGACGGAAGGAAAACACCAAGUUGACCGACAGCUGUAAGCAUGACAAAAGUAAUCAAUUCAAUCAACGUCCAUAUGCCUUGGUUCUCAUAUUAUCUGUCUGGAUUCGGCGUCGGUUGGUUGACGAGCUUCAGGGGUAAUUUCAAAGUCUCUUUGCCGAAAAAAAUAAUUGGCAGCUCUUGUACCUUUAUGAUUCGACGGAUGGCCAGCUUCUCACAUCCUUCAGAAGCAUAGCUCACAAAUCUUGGAUUAUGAAUGGUCUAAAGAUACUCACAGGUUAAUAAUCGGUAUUCCAAGCUAGAGGGUGGUCAAAAUUAAUUAUCAUGUUCGUUAGGAACGCUUGGAUUACAGUCGAACUGUCCAUUGGCGUUUAUGUAACAUUUCUGGAAUGGCUCCC